AUGCUGUCCACUGCCAACGGCUCCAUCACCGAGGUUUGGGCCAACGGUUCCAACAGCACGUGCUUCUACCCGCAGAGGGUGGUCUCGCGGGAGUACGACUCGCGGUGGUGGAAGACGCAGUCGACAAACGAUUCCAGGUGGUUGCACACGAGGUUGCCAACUUCCCCGCAGCAGUCGACAUCGAGCCAGCGUACGUACUCGGUGGCGCUGUCCCGCAGGGGCUGGGGCGAGCUCGUGGCCGAGGUGGACGCCAGCGGCCUCAGCGCAGGCGCGACAUACUCCGCCUGCCUGGACCUCGACGGCAGCGGGGGCGACCUUGCCUUCGGCGACACUGGCCUGCGGAUCUACGUCACCCCGUUCUCGCGGGUGUCGGCGACCGCAGUGCCGAAGGGGCCCUUCGUGCUGCGCGUGUCCUGCGCGCACGUCCCCGGCGGGUGCCUGCCCAGGGCCCGCGUGUGGCCAGUCCCCCGCGGCCUCGGGUGCCGCAUGUCCGCCGUCAUGCAGGGCGCCGUCCUCCAGGUGCCCGCGACUGGGCCGUCCACCCUCUCGCUGGACGCCGCGGGCUUCGGCUACGGGCAGUCCCUGCGGCUGUGCACCAGCUGGGGGGUCUACGGCGCCGCAGAUGACGUCGGGGUGGACCUCUUCGUCACGCCCAUCACGUCGGUGACCCCACUCUCGUUGGGCGUGUCACCUGGGCAG